AUGCGACCCUCGACACGCCUCGCCGCGACUUUUUCCUGCGACACCCCUGGCCCCCAUUGCACCACAUCACGUCCACUACAGCGCGCACCAGUGGGCUGACCUAGGUUCUGUGAUCUUGUUUUCGUCCCUCAGGAAUCCUCAAAGACUCAGGUCAAGCUCGCCAAGGUCGUCAAGGUGCUCGGCCGCACCGGCUCGCGAGGUGGUGUCACUCAGGUCCGCGUCGAGUUCAUGGACGACUCGACCCGAUCCAUCAUCCGGUGCGCAUUCCAUACCAGCUCUCGUCUGAGCAACCACUGCCGAGACUUGAUCAUUUACCCAUCUUAUUCGUACUUCCACAGCAACGUCAAGGGCCCCGUUCGUGAGAACGACAUCCUCGCCCUCCUCGAGUCUGAACGUGAAGCUCGGUACGUCCCGUCUGUAUCACUGUACAACAGCACGGGUGCUUACCCUAUCAUCGUCUCGAUCUUUCCCACAGCCGACUCCGUUAA